AUGGCUUCCUCGGCCGCCGCCGCUCGCCGCCUUCUCCUCCUCCGCCACCGCCAUGAUCACCUUCUCCCCAAAUGCCACUUCUCUUCCUCUUCCGCUGCCGACGGCCUCGACGACAGCGGUGGCGGCGGCCGCGUCAAGAUCUUCGACCGCGACCUGAAGCGCCGGCACCGGGACCGCGCGGCGUGGGCGAUGCGUGGAAUUGAGAGGUUGAUCAUGAUGGACAUGUCAGCCGACAUGGUGAAGAAGUGGCGAGAGUCAGAGAAUGCCACUGGUGACGAACCUGAGACGCACUUUGUUGUCGGUGAUGAGGAGUUCCUUCCAAUCAAAGAGAGUUCACAGGAUUUGAUAAUAAGCUGUCUUGGACUUCAUUGGACAAAUGAUCUACCUGGAGCAAUGAUACAGGUCCGUGAUGCAGGAAACCUUUUGACAAGGGCAGGUUUCACCCUUCCAGGAGUUGAUGUUGAUCAGUAUACCGUUGAAUACAAUAAUGGUGUUGAAAAGGGAUACAGCCUUGGCAACGGCAGCAAUUUACCAGUCAAUGUUUGGGUAAUUUACAUGACUGGCUGGAGGGAGCAUCCAUCACAGCAAAAGACUAAGAGAAGGGGUUCUGCGACCAUAUCAUUCAGUGAUAUACAGAAACAAUUUGGUCCCAGUGAGAACUAA